UUGUAGUGAUUACUUUUCCUUAGGUUUCCUUUAACCACUUUCUUCUCGAUAUAUUGUUAAAAUUCUGAAGAAAGGUAGAGGGAUUACGUCACUUGCUGCAUAUCCUUGCACUAAGGAGUAUUUAAAACGUAUUGGCUCAUUUAUUUAUUGGUGAGUAUUGAUUUAAAGUGGAUUAAAAGGGAAAAAAGAGUCAAGGUACCCGAUUUCUCUGAUAUAUUAUCCUAGCAUACGUGAAUAGCCGCAAAUACAUAUUUUAUAUUAUAGCAAAGUUAUUGGGGGUUCAAGAGGAUACAAAAUGUCUAAUUUCCCCAAAUUACCUCGUCUCAAGAUUGAUGAUGAGAACAUGGAGAAGCUGCAUGCGGCCGCCCGCAGAGGUGACGUCGGCGAGAUCCACCAUCUCAUUGAUGGUGGGAUCGAUCCCAACAUAGUCAACCGCUUUGGCUGCACUGCCCUUCACCUCGCCUGCAAAUUUGGGCAGAUCGAGGCGGCGAAGUACCUCGCGGAGGUGAGCGAGGUGCAGACCCCUUGGCAUGGGCAGAAGCCGCUACACCUCGCUGUGCUGUCGAACAAAAUUGAAUUAGUAUCCGCGCUGGUCGAAGGCGCACAGAAGCGUGGGUGGCCCUUGGAGAGCAUGCUCAACGAGUGCGAUGAUAUGGAGGUAACUCAGAUAGGGGAGCACUUCAAAAACACAAAGUCUCAGACCGCGUUGCAUUGGUGUGUAGGCUUGGGGAAGGAUUACCUGCCUAUGUUGGAGUUUCUCCUCAGCGUGGGGGCCUCGCCGACCACACGGGAUAAGGAGGGUGAAACCGCUCUAAUGCGGGCAAUGGAAUUCAACAACGACGAGGCGAUGCAGCUUAUGUUAACUCGUGUGCCGAAGAACUUGCUCAGACUCGAAGUCAUUGAUCAUAAAGGCCGCACACAUUUGCAUUGGGCAUGCUUUACUAAUCACGAGGAGUAUGGUCUUGAGUUCGUUGAGCGAGGCCACGAUGUCAAUGUGGAGGACGAGCAGCACGUUGUGCCGCUGUAUCUUGCAAUGCGUGCUGCGAUGGUGCGCCUCACGGCAAUUCUUAUCCAGAAGGGUGAUCCCUUCUGGAUACAAAAUGCACCUUUUCAUAAUGGUUGCACCGUCAUGCAGGAGCGGAUUGAGUGGUUUCCAUUUGUGAAAGUCGAGGAUGAGAGCGAUGUGAAGCAAAAUCUAGCUCUUGAUGCAAAGAAGGCGGAGGUGGUAGGCCUAAUGCAGGAACGCCUUGACACGCUUCUUGAGAGUCUAGAGUCGCAAUCAAACGCAGCUGCAAAACGUAAGAAGAAGGGCAAACCUCAAAUCAAGAAAAUGCACUUGGCUCCCUCUGCUCCUUAUCGCUCGCGUACUCGUAGUCGCGGAAUCCCAUCUGCAAGAAAGUCUGUCAGUUGA